UUCCAUUUCCACAUUCCUCAGUUCUCAGUUUCGCUUUCACCCAAAACUUUACUUUCCCUCAACUCCACCUAAGACAAAGAUUUUCUGUUGUUUGUGACUCGCUGGUUGAUGCGUGGAGAAUGACGAGCGUGUUGGGUGCAGAGAGAGAAAUGAUAAAUUUUGAAGAGACCGAGUUGCGACUCGGCCUACCUGGCGCCUCUGCAAACGAUCAUGCCGAGUUAACUCUGAAAAGCGGUGCUGCCAAGAGAGGGUUCUCAGAGACUGCUUCUGUUGAUUUGCAGCUUAACCUUUCCUCCAAUAACGACUUGCCUUCUUCCUCAGUUUCACCCUCAACCAUCCCUACAGAAAAACCCAAAGAGAAGACUACUGCUGCAUCUCCUCCUCGUGUUAAUGACCCAACAAAACCACCUGCAAAGGCACAAGUUGUGGGUUGGCCACCAGUUCGAUCCUUCAGAAAAAACAUCGUGAACGUUCAAAGGAGCAACAACGAUGAAGCAGAGAAGAGUGGUGCAGGAGGAGGGGCUUUCGUGAAGGUGAGCAUGGAUGGAGCACCGUUUCUACGAAAGGUGGAUCUGAAGAUGUACAAGAGCUACCAUGAGCUGUCAGAUGCGCUGGCUAAAAUGUUCAGCUCUUUCACCAUUGGCAAGUGUGGGUCCCAAGGCACGAAGGACUUUAUGAAUGAGACCAAAUUGAUAGACCUUUUGAAUGGCUCUGAUUAUGUACCCACAUAUGAAGACAAGGACGGAGACUGGAUGCUCGUGGGUGACGUGCCCUGGGAAAUGUUCGUUGAAUCCUGCAAGCGCCUCCGCAUAAUGAAAGGUUCUGAGGCAAUUGGCCUUGCGCCAAGGGCAGUGGAAAAGUGCAAGAACAGAAGCUAAACUCAUUUUCGUGUUCAUUGGCGUCGCCAUGAAGCAGAUUGACUCGAGCAAGAUCGAGUCUAAUAUAGGAAUGAGUAUUAUUAUUAGUAGUUAUUAUUACGUGUCUUUGCCAUCUCGUUUUUUUGUAAUUUUGUUACAUGUGUAUUAUAUAUGAAUGAGAAAAUAGUUGGAAAUUCGUUAGGGGACAAGAAAUAAUAUAGAAAAUGUUUAUAUGAUCCCGGUUUUGUUUCCAAGAAAAAAAAAAGUGUGAUUCUGUCUAUUGCCAGCGUGUUUGCACAUGCCGAAUAAUAACGUCGUGUUUCCUGU